GUUUGUUGUGUUGUGCUGUGCACAUUUGAAUUGACAGAGUUGUAGAAAUAAUUGUAUGAUCGAUCAAUUGCCUGAUGAUAUUCUUAUUGCAAUUUUGUCUCGUAUGGGCGUUGAGGAAGCUGUGAGGACUAGUGUCCUUUCUUCUAGAUGGAGAUAUUUAUGGAAACAUACUUCGAUAUACAACUCCGAGACAUUGGAAUUCGAUGAUAUGUAUACUGACACCGGAACUAAAAUGGACGAGACGAAGUUCAAGGAUUUGGUGAAUCAUGUCCUCAAGUCGCAUCAGGGUCCGCUAGUUGAAAGUUUUAUUAUUCGUUAUGGUAAUGUAAGAGAUCGAUCAAUAGACAUUGAUAAGUGGAUAUAUUUUGCUAUGAGAAAGGAAGUAGAAUCGUUUGAAUUGAAUUUUUCAAGUUGUGAUGUGUGGUUAGAUUUCGGCUAUAAGUUUCCCGAGUUUCUAUUAUCACAUUCGAGUUGUUCUACGCCUUCUUUCCAGUUUCUAAGAUCGCUCGUAUUGGUUGAGGUUGAUAUCGAGGAUGAGGUGGUUCGGUAUUUUUUGGACUCGUGUUAUCAUAUUGAAGAGGUUUGCAUAAUAGGCUCCAACACUACGAAAAAUGUCGAAGUUGUUGGUCGAUCACCAUUUUUGAGAGAAUUGGAAAUAUCCGAGUGCUGGAACAUGCAAAGUAUCAAGAUAUCUGCCAAGUAUAUUUUCUGUUUAACAUACCAAGGAAGCGAAAUCAGCUUGCAAAUCGAGAGAACACCAAUGUUCUUUGAGCUAGCUCUUGGUGGGGAGUUUUGUGAGUCCUUCAUUUACGAACCUAACAAACACUCCAGCUAUUCAUUUCAACUAAAGAAUCUUGCACUGAUCCUUCAAGCUGAGUUUCCAUUUGGUCGUGAGAGGACAAUUGCUCCAGCUGAUUUGCCGCGGUUGCACGCUCUCGAGCGACUUGAAUUGAAUAUUGAGUCGCAAGUUGGCCGGAGCCUUCUCUUUUUCACAUCAUUGAUUAAGGCAUCUCCUCGCUUACGAGAGUUUAGGAUUCAGAUAGACUACAUAGUUACAGUCCCAGGGUAUACAGAUUCUGAGAUACGAAUAAUGAUGCCGUUUCCUGAAGUAAGUACAGUAGAGUCAAAUGGGGUUGACCAUAAAAAUCUGAAGGUGGUUACAAUGGUUGGGUAUUGUGGGUGUGCAAGUGAAGAAGAUUUCCUUGUGCAGCUGUCGAAGAUGGCCGAGCAAUCACUUGAGAAGAUCGUUAUCGAUACAAACUGCGAUUAUUAUCUGAAUACGGACUGGGUUAUGUAUAGAGUGACAGAAGAAGAAUGGGAAAAGCCAAUCGAGAAUAAUAAGCAGAAGAAUACGACUAUGACAAGGUUUCACGCAAAAAUACAUGCUGAGAAAUUGGCAUCGAGUAUUGCUUCCAAAAUAAAAUUUCUCAUAACAUAAUAUGUAGAUAUUUAGUUUUACUUAGAUAUGUUUGUACUUUUAUUUAAAAACAAAUUUGACAAAUAAGAUUUCCGCGCUUCGAUUAAAGAGAGUGCGCACCCAAUUUACAGACAAUCAUCAUCAGCAGAUCAAACAGAAGAAGAAUUAAUUGUAUUUUGAAAAUUUAUGGCCAAAAACUUGUUUAUUCCACAAAACUAUCAUUGUAUUUUGAAAAUCUGAAGGCAAAUUUAGCCGUUGGUUUUUCGACAAUGGGGAACUACUGUAAUUAAAAAGAUCACAGAAUCCAAGGUUUUAUGGUUCGAUUUCGAUGACG